AUGUUUCCUUGCAUCCAUUCAGGCACCGACAGGGAUGCCCUUCUCUGCCUCAAGUCCCAGCUCUCUGAUCCCUCAGGAGCCUUGGCCUCCUGGAGAAACGACUCCUCAAUCUUCUGCAACUGGCAUGGAGUGAAGUGCAGCAGCCAGAAUGCAUCCCAGGUCAUCUCACUGGACCUUGAGUCACUGAACCUUGCCGGCCAGAUAUUCCCAUGCAUUGCUCAGCUCAGUUUCCUCUCACGAGUUAGUCUGAAAAACAACAGCAUCAGUGGUGAAAUCCCUGCUGCUCUAUUCAACAGCACAACGCUUUCUUACAUAGAUCUCUCACGCAAUCGCCUUUCUGGGCCUGUCCCACCCUUCUCUGAACCCUCCAUGCCACUGCAGUUCCUCAGUCUCACUGAAAACAGUCUGACAGGGGAGAUUCCUGCAUCGGUUGGAAACAUUUCCUCCCUGUCAUCCCUGCUUCUUACCCAGAAUUACUUGCAAGGGAGCAUUCCAGACACCUUGAGUAAGAUUCCCAGCCUGAGAGUGUUAAACCUAAAGAAUAACAACUUGUCAGGAACUGUUCCUGUGUCAUUGUUUAAUGUGUCAUCUCUUACUUAUCUUAGCCUCAGUAAUAACCAGCUUGUAGGGACAGUUCCUGACAACAUUGGCACCACACUUCCAAACAUCACUGAACUGAUAAUUGGAGGCAACCAGUUCGAAGGCAAAAUAUCCAGCUCACUGGCCAAUUCAUCAACCCUCCAAAAUCUUGACAUUCGAAGUAAUUUGUUCACAGGUCAGAUCCCUUCUCUUGGACUCCUGACAAAAUUGAAAAUACUAGACCUGGGUACAAAUAGGCUUCAAGCCGGAGAUUGGGCAUUCUUUUCCUCUCUAACAAACUGUACACAAUUGCAAAUGUUGUGCUUGGAUUUCAAUGGCUUUGAGGGGAGAAUACCUAGUUCCAUUGGCAACCUGUCACAAGAUUUAAAGGUACUUCUCUUAACAGAAAACAAAUUGACUGGUGAAAUACCAUUAGAGAUAGGGAAGCUUAGCAGCCUCACUGCCCUUUCAUUGCAAUCAAAUAUGCUCACCGGGCAUAUCCCUGAUACAGUUGGAGAUCUUCAAAACCUCUCUCUCCUAAGCAUAGCAGAUAACAAACUUUCAGGGGAAAUCCCACAAUCAAUAGGAAAACUAGAUCAGCUAACUAUUCUUUAUUUAAGGGAAAAUGAAUUAGUUGGUCGAAUCCCUGCAAGUUUAGCUGGAUGCAAAAAUUUGCUUGAACUAAACCUUUCUUCUAAUAGAUUGAAUGGAAACAUUCCACGUGAGCUUUUUUCUGUUCACACACUUUCAAUUGGCUUAGAUUUAUCACACAACCAACUCACCGGGAACCUGCCAUUGGAGAUAGGUAAAUUGAUCAACCUGAAUCUACUCAGUAUUUCGAACAACCAAUUAUCAGGUGAGAUCCCUUCAACCCUUGGUGAUUGCAUUCUUUUGCAAACUUUGCAUUUAGAGGCAAAUCUUCUAAAGGGAGGCAUCCCAAAAUCUCUCGUCAACUUGAGAGGCAUCGUCGAGAUGGAUCUUUCCCAAAACUACCUGUCUGGUGAAAUCCCAGAAUUCUUAGGAUCAUUCAGCUCUUUAAAUAUUCUCAACCUAUCAUUUAAUGACCUUAGUGGAAAACUUCCAAACGGUGGUGUGUUCGAGAAUUCAAGUGCUGUGUUCGUCGAAGGAAACAGAAAGUUGUGUGCAAGUUCUCCAGUGUUUCGGUUACCUCUCUGUGCAGAAUCAGAAUCACCAUCUAAGAGGAAGAAGAUACGAUCCAUUUUAGUUAUUUGUAUUCCAGUUGCUGCAAUUGCUCUGAUUACAUUUGCAUGUGUUAUGGUCCUUCUGAAGAAGAGAUACAGCGCAGCACAACCCACCAACGAAUCACUGAAGCAACUCAAGAGCUUCUCAUAUCAUGAUUUAUCAAAAGCAACGGACAGUUUCUCUUCAGAGAACAUGAUUGGUUCGGGGAGAUUUGGAUUUGUGUAUAGAGGCUGCAUCAAGUCUGAUGCAUGCACAAUUAUUGCUGUUAAGGUAUUCAGACUUGACCAGUUUGGAGCACCAAACAAUUUCGCAGCUGAAUGUGAGGCAUUGAGAAACAUCCGCCACAGAAAUCUGAUAAGAGUGAUUAGCCUGUGCUCAACUUUUGAUCCAGCUGGAAGUGAGUUUAAGGCACUUGUUCUUGAGUACAUGGCCAAUGGAAACCUAGAAACCUGGCUCCAUCCAAAACCAGACAAACGAAUUCCAAAACGACCGUUGACUCUAGCCUCAACAAUAUCAAUAGCCGUGGAUAUAGCAGCUGCAUUAGAGUAUCUUCAUAACCGAAGUAGUCCUCCGCUAGUUCAUUGUGAUCUUAAACCAAGCAAUGUCCUUUUGGAUGAUGAAAUGGUUGCUCAUGUCAGUGACUUUGGUCUUGCAAAGUUUCUUUACAGUGACUCCUCGAUGAUGAGUAGUACUUCGGAUAGCAUUGCUGGACCAAGAGGAUCAGUCGGGUAUAUUGCACCAGAAUAUGCCCUUGGGUGCAAAAUCUCAUUUGAGGGUGACAUCUACAGCUAUGGAAUUAUUCUUCUAGAGAUGAUCACAGGAAAGUAUCCCACUGAUGAGGUGUUUAAAGAUGGCAUGAACCUUCACAAGAUGGUUGGGUCAGCACUUCCACACAGAAUUGGUGAGAUUUUGGAACCUAGUCUUACCAAAGAGCAUUUGGGUGAACACACAAGUCAUGAAUUGGUACAAAUGCAAAGGCCUUUCAUGCAAUUGGCUUUACUUGGUCUUAGAUGCAGUGUGACAUCACCCAAGGACAGACCAAAGAUCGAGGAUGUUUAUAAGGAAAUCAUCGCCAUCCAAAAUAUGUUUUCAGCACUGCACAAUUAAGGAUUUUCAUGUAUCAAUAUUACAGAGAAGUGAACUGCUGCAUGCGUCCGUAUGUUU